AUUUGGAUGUUAGACUUAAUUUUAAAAUUAGACUGAAUUGAGUUGAACUCAGAUGAGUUUAACAACCAAACGGGGCCUAAUAAAAAAAAGUAAAAAUACUGUCAAUACUCUUCAUGAUGACGACCUCCUACAGCUCCACUAUUCCUACGUGAGUUGGGUGGAUUAUAUUGAGGUGAGGUAGUACAUGACACCAUUAGAAAAUUAAAUGUGCAAAGAAUCUAUUUUGCUGACCCCAUAUGCAAACUAAUAUCAUUUGUGGUGAAGUUUUUAAACUUGACCUUUUGUCACAUAAGAUCUAGAGUAGGUGGGAUCACUUGUUCUUAUGCGUUCUGUACUUAAAACCCAGAAUUCUAUUUACAUUUCCCAGCCUAGUGAUAAAAAAAGUCCUAUUUUUUCUAUGAUCUAUCUUCUGUCAUUAUCAUUUCGCAUAUCUUUCCUGGUCUAAUUUCCUCUGGGGUUCACCUGUGAUGGCGUGUUGAUAAUGAAGUUUUGAGAAGACUUUUAAACAUCAACUGGUUUGGGUUUGAACCUUUUCAGGCUUUAUGUUCAAUUCAAUGUUCCUAGAACUACUACUGGUACCCUUUCAUUAUUUGGGGACUCCUGCUCUUGCGAGGGACUAUAAAAUCAUCCUAGUUGGUACAUGUAAUGGCCAGUGCUUGAACAUUCGAAUGUAACUUAUGGCAAUCAUGCUCAACAACUUGGUGGAUGAGCUGGCAAUAUACGUGUUCCAAAUUAUUUAAAAUUAAAACCAUAGACGUCAUUCAUCAUGUGCAUGUUCUCAACAAGUGUUGAGAUGUUCAUCUAAGUGGAUUUCUUGAAGUGGCUUUCGAAUUUAUUUGAGGAGGAAUCAAUCUUUGUGGUUCUGUUGGUAGAGUCAUGAAUCAUGGGACUACUGACUUUGAACACAGUAGAAGUGAGUCAUAUAGUCGUGCAAGCAGUGCCACUUCUUCGUUAAGAAGGCGUUCUAUAAGUUUUUCAUCAGCUGUACAUGCUAAUAUAGAUGACGAUGACAAUGAAAAUGAAAGUGUUUCGGAGGUGGGAGAUAUUGGGGAUCGGGCUCUUCACAGCAGCAGGCACAGUGAUCAGAGCAGCAGCCUCUGUUUUUCUGUUGAUCAUGCAUUACAGAAUGGAGUAGCUCCUUCCACUUCUGGGGAUACUCUGUUAGAUCCUUAUGGUUAUUUGGUUCGUGAUCCUGUUUCCUUGAAUACAAUCUCCCCAGUUUCGCCAUUGCCAGAGGAAAUCAUCUCUCCCCUUUCCACGGAUGCAAUAGUGUGCUCCAAAGACAAAACGCUAGACGAUAAGAAAGAGUUGCCAAAGCUGUUGGAUUAUAUUUUAUGUCUCAUUCAUUUAGCCGUUUUUGGGAUUCUUGGGAUUUUGACAAGGUAUUUACUGCAAAAGUUAUUUGGCCCUGGAGUUAUUGGCUUGACAAGUGACAAAAACAUUGUGUACCUUGACCUUCCAUCUAAUAUGGUUGGUUCAUUCUUGAUGGGAUGGUGGGGUGUCAUUUUCAAAGCAGACAUAUGCAGCGUGUCAGACUAUCUAGUCAUCGGAUUGACGACUGGUUACUUGGGAAGUCUGACAACUUUCAGUGGUUGGAAUCAGAAAAUGCUUGAUCUUAGUGUUGAUGGCCACUGGGUAUUCGUUGUGCUUGGUUUUCUUGUAGGGUUGUUUCUUGCGGCCUACUCCAUUAUUUUUGGGGUGGAGACAGCCAAGGGUUUCAGGUGGCUUCUAACAAGGCAAAAUGGAAGUUCAGGAAAUGAUACCCGUAGCUCUAGCAGCAACUGGAGAGUGAACAGCUGCAGGCGUCACUUGGCGGUCAUGGUGGUGCUGAUUUUGAUGCUAGCCUUGUUAUGGGGUGUAAGUGGAGCCCUUUUGAGGGAGGAGUUUAGCAGUGGCAGCAGUGGCGCUCAGCUGUGGUUGGCUUGCAUUGUUGGACCUCCUGGUGUGUGGAUCAGGUGGUUCUUAGCCCGACUCAAUGGACGUGGAUUAGGAAGGGCAGGGUUGUUGAAAUGGGUGCCAUUUGGAACUCUGAUUGCCAAUGUUUCUGCAGCUUGUAUCAUGGCCGCGCUUGCCAUUGGGAAGAAAGCGGCGAGUAGCCAGACUUUUGAUACUGUAGCAGUGGGGAUACAACUUGGAUUCUUGGGAUGUCUGAGUACUGUCUCUACCUUCAUUGCUGAGUUCAAUGCAAUGAGAGAAAGCAAGCAGCCUUGGAGGGCAUAUGCAUAUGCCUUCAUUACCAUUUGCUUGUCAUUCAGCUUGGGGACAUUGAUAUACUCUGUACCCGUUUGGACAAAGGGCUAUGGAUAGCAAUGUUAAGGGUAGCCUUUGCUGGCACGCCUUUACACAUCUAUAUCUGGACAAAAGACCUGAGAGUCUGAGACACGGCUGGAAAUACUUGAGCCGUCGAGCUGAUCUAGUUUGUAAAUUGCCCUGUUGGAAUCGCUAUGAAAGUUUUCAACUUUUCAUGCA